AUGGCGCUCGACAAGUUCUCGUACAUUGCAAUCGACCCCAACAUCGACGUCACGAGGAUCAGGAGGCAUAAGCAUCUGAAGAUGAUGGGCCGGGUGCGUGUUGUACUUCGCGGGGAGGUCCGAGGACUUCUUGAGCGGAAGAUCAUACGUGAACACGACGUUCGGCAAGUCGACAUACGAGGAGCCGAUCCUGAGGAUGCCGUCGGUCGAGAAUCUGCGCAGGGUCAAGGACGUGUUCCCGGACGUGUGGUCGGACGUGGACGCGAGUACGGUCGAGAUCAUGGACAGGGCUGUGCUGAUGUACUAGGACGUGUCCGAGGUGUAAAACCUGAGCGUGAGCGGAUUGCUCUUCCCAUCGUUCAUUAUGGCCUUGGUCGCGAACUCGUUCAGCUUCAGAGCGCGAUUCACGAUCGCGGCGGUGGUCUUGGGUGGCUUCGGAUGCGGACAGUCGCGGUAGAUUCCGGAGCAAACCGAGCACUUGCUGAAGUCCGACAAUCCGCUGCUCUGGAUAGCGUCAGUCGCGUUCUUGGUGAGGUUCUGCAUUAUCAUCGAGAUCAACUCCGUCUCCGACAUUCUGGGCUGCUGCUUGAGCACAGGCAUGUGCCUGACCUGCAUGAUCCACGCGAUGCCGUAGUUGCACUUGACCGUCCUUAUGCAUCCGUCGGUGUCUUCAAACUCGAUCCUCUCCCCGUCCAUGGUCACAUACCCCUCCGGGAGCUCGGCCCUGGUGAUACGCUCCUCCAUGACCGUGAUCGUGGAGUCGUUGGUACGCCUCCCCAUGGACCUGUCGUACGCGGCCGUGUACAUGUUCAUCUCUCUUAUCCACCCUCCGGGACCUCUCGCGAGCGUCUUCGUGGACACAAGCAUGUUCGGCUUGAACUUCUCGCCCGUGACGACAUUCUUGAUGGUGUACAUGUUCUUGUACGGGAUGAGAGACCCAACCGAAAACUUGACUCCGCCAGCCCACUAGCUUGUCUCCGAUCUCGAGGUUAUGCCUGUACAGAUACAUGA